AUGCCAAAGUGGUUCAUUACAAACGAAAAGGAAUUUGAAAGACUAGAACAAAGAAGUUAUAAGGUUUAUAAAAGACCUAUUGUUCUUAUUUUUUGGACAAAUGACAGUGACUAUGAAGGUGAUGAGAAAGAGUAUAUCAUCAAGAAGAUCUGUACCAAUCCAAAAUACGACUUUUUGUUUGCUUUUAUUAGAAAAGAGGAUGUUAGACGUGUAGAUAAAGAACAUAUAUUGAGCAAUGACCAUACACAUAUGGAGUGGGGAAUAUCUUUUGCAUCGUUCAGAAAUGGCAGAGAGGUUGGAUUUUGGGAUGAGUACGAUGAUGGCAUGCAAAAAACUCGUGCUUUCUUUCAAAAAAUGCUUAAGAAGAAGGCAUCUCAAUAUAUAGAUUCCGAUGACUCUGAUGUUUCUGAUGAUGACCAAAAAGAAGAAGAUUUCAAUCCGCCCAAAGAUAAAUAA